UUUUGACGCAUUUGUUUUUAUACUUUGGAAAGCGGUCACACUGCUCCUGUUUUCCCCAACAAAUUCGUACAUAAAAAUUAACCAAAAUGCGUGUAACUAUUUCACGAUUGACCAAAAUGGGUCCGAAACUUAAGGAACUUCGUCUUCAUUUGUGUCAAACUGGCGAAACUUCCCAAGGUGCAAGGGAGUAUGUGGAACGUUUUUAUCCCGCAUUGAAAAAGAGCAACCCAGGAUUACCUGUUUUGAUUAGAGAAUGUGAUGGCGUUCAGCCUCGCUUGUGGGCACGCUAUGAUUUGGGAAAAGAAACUUCAAUAUCACUAACUAAUCAAUCUGCUCAGGAUAUACAAAAACACGUUGAAGCUUUGGGAAAAUAGAUAAUGAUGAAGGAGUUAUAAUAUGCGAAUUAUGCAAAAACUGUACGAAAUAAGUAAAUAAAAUAGCUAAAAAACAAA